AUGUCUUCAAAAGACAUACACAGUGACUUAGUGGAAACAUUGGGGGACUCUGCUCCUCCAUAUUCUACAGUUGCCCGCUGGGCCAAGGAGUUUAAACUGGGCAGAACAUCCACUGAAGAUGAACAUCGCGAAGGACGCCCAUCCACGUCCCUCACUGAAGACAACGUGAAAAAAGUCGAAGAUGUUGUGUUGGCAGAUCGGAAAGUGACCAUCAGACAUGUAGCUGAGGUCACAGGGAUCUCAUAUGGCAGCGUUCAAAGAAUCCUUGCGAACGAGUUGCAUAUGAAAAAGGUCUCUGCGCGUUGGGUACCCAGAAUGUUAACCGACGAGCAAAAGAAAAAUCGAGUUGACAUUUCGAGGGUGAAUCUCGAAAAGUUCCAAGCAGAUCAAGAAAAAUUUUUGUUCCGUUUUGUGACUAUGGACGAGACCUGGAUCCACCAUUUUGAACCUGAAACGAAACAACAAUCGAUGAUUUGGAAGCGAGCCUCCUCACCGACGCCAAAGAAAUUCAAAGUUUCAAGUUCGGCGGGAAAGGUUAUCGCAUCUGUUUUUUGGGACGCUCAAGGCAUAAUUAUGGUGGAAUAUUUGGAAAAGGGAGCCACUAUUACGGGCUCUUACUACGCAGACCAAAUAAGAAGAUUACGGAAGGCCAUUAAGAAAAAAAGACGCGGCAAACUGCGAGCUGGAGUGCUGUUUCACCAAGACAACGCACCGGCUCACAAAGCCGCAGAACGCCUCCGAGGCAAGAAAUUCGAAGACGAUAGCGAAGUAAUGGCCGCUGUUGAAGCGUUUUGGGAGGGUCAAGACAAAGAAUUUUUUUUAAAGGGAAUCCAGUUUUUAGAAAAAAGAUGGACUAAAUGUAUUGAUUUGUUAGGAGACUAUGUAGAAAAAUAA